GCUGUGCAAGCACAGGAAAGCAAAAGGAGGAAGCGGCGGAUUAUGAAAAUUGCUGUCUACUUUAUGUUCGGAGUUAUUGCACUUGGAGUCUUUGCUAUCUGGCUCUUUCACAAGGACACCGUUGAAUCCCUUCGUUUUGGCUCUGCAUUCAUAUUCACAGUCAAACUUCGAUCUUUGGAAAUCAAAAAUGAGAAUGGAGACAGCGUCCUGUAUGGGGAUAUGGGCCGACAGCUCUUAGCUACAGCCUAUGAUCAUUGUUGGGAUGAUAAAUUUGAGAGUUUUGAGGAGUCCUGCUUACAUUGGCGUGAUAUGGCCCGGUUCAGAGUGACCAGAGAUGACAACAGCACCUCCUCUUGCUACACUAUCGAAUGGGAAGGUAUUGAGAAAGAUUUCCAGGCCGAAGAUUGUUUCUAUCUGCAGCGUUACAAUUGGUAUGGUUAUCUUUUGAAUACCACUCCACCGUGGCCAAUCUCUGGAGUUUACUUAGAUGGUUUUGAUUAUUAUGCAGAGUAUCCAGAAGAACAGACAGAGAAUUUAGUGCCAGUGUGGUUUGGUUCACAGGGUGUUUCUAUCUUUGUGAAUUCAAGCUUCCCUUUUACUAUAGCAUGGAAUAUCUCGGACAAGCGACAGUUUUGCCUCACUUCCAAGCUGGCAGCUCGAUACAAACAUGAGAAUUUGACCCUCUUGCGUUACACAGUCUGCCAAGGGAAGUCUUUGAAAGAUGUGUAUAAUGUUUCCAGACAGCACAGGGAAGACCUGGAUACUGAUUUUACUUUUAAGCAAAAACACAAACAUCUGCUUCUGCCACAGCCAAUCCAUGCUUUGAGCACAAAAUUAGACUUGCCAGAACUUCUGAAUCAGAUGCAAAGAAAUGAAUCGAGUUGCAGCCUUAUUCAACUCUAUGAUGAAUGGGAAGGAGAAUUUGGUAAUCUCGAUGUGGAAUCAACCAUGGUGGACAGUAUACAGACCUUGCUGACUGAAGCGAGCCAUCAUAAUUGUUAUCCAAUUCUGCCUAUUUCCACCUUCUUUAGCUACAAAUCUCAGCAUUUCAGAGAAGGCGUCAACAACAGUUACUUUGUCCGAGACAGGCAGUACCUGGUGACCAGGAUGGUGAAGUGGCGAGGUCAGGAAGGUGCAGUUCUGGAUGUGACAAAUCCUGAUGCUGAACGGUGGUUUUUAGAUCUAAUCAGAGGCCUGAUAAAACAGCUGAAUAUUAAAGCACUGAAAUUGUUGACCCUCAGCGUUCCUCCAGAUUCCAAGUACUUUGACCGCAAUAUGACUCAUUUGGAUUACACAAGAAUAUUCUACAGGGACAUGGCCUCACUCAACAUGUCACUGGUGUUAGAACUUGCCACGGGAUUUAUUCCUUUGCCUGUGUACACUCCAAUCCGUAUGAUGUUCUAUGGAGAGAAUGAGUCUUUUUGCCUGAACACCUCCAUACCAUACUCCUUGAUCAUGGGGAUGAGUGGAUUCCCACUCCUCAUUGCUGAUGCAGACAGAAUGGCUUUAAAUAGCACCACCGAAAAGAUGUUCAUUCGGUGGCUGCAAAUGGCCAUUUUCUUCCCUGUUUUAGAGAUUCCAAGUAUUCAUUUACUCAAGAAGAAGGAAAUGCAAGACAAACUGCGUGAGUUAUUGAAUCUUCGAAAUCGAGAACUGUUACCUUAUCUGACUACGGUAUGGGAGAAGGAACCAGAACUUCCCAUUAUCCGCCCACUCUGGUGGAUUGCACCAAAUGACCCAAAGGCCCAGGUUAUUGAUGAUCAGUUUCUGGUUGGGAACAACUUGCUGGUGGCACCGGUGCUGUGUGAGAAUAGAGGCUUAAGGAAGAAUGACUUAAGACACAUUUACCUUCCAGAAGGCAGAUGGGAAGGUUGUGGCAUGGCUCCAAUAGAGGGACCUCAAACAAUUGAUGUCAACACAGAGGACACUAAUGUCAUCCCAUACUUUUGGAGGAAAGAUGAAAUACAUGGGUGA